UAGCUCCCCCGAAAAAAAAAAACCAUAAUACUUCUCUUCCUUUUUCUUCCAUGUCUUUGUCCUCUCUUUUCUGUCCUUAUUCAUCAUCUUAAUUUCUCUCCCUCUUUCCCUUCUCCUAUAAUCUUCCUGUUGGCUUAUUUUUAGGGAGCAGCUGAUAGAAUAAAGCUUGUCAAAGGGUAUUGGUUGAUAUCAAAGGUGAAGUAAUAUCAAGGAAUUCCUGAGGGAGGAUUAUAUAUAUGGAAGAUUUUAAUUUAAGUUGAUAGUUGUAAAAAGAAUUUGUCAUCUUUACAAAGGAAAUAAAGAAGGUGGAAGCUAUGAAUAAGAGUAGUAGCAGUCAUCAAUUGGGAUCCAUAAGCAGUUGUGAUCUCAUUGAUGCAAAGCUUGAGGAACAUCAAUUGUGUGGAUCCAAACAGUGUCCUGGUUGUGGACAAAAGCUCGAAGGAAAGCCGGACUGGGUAGGUUUACCAGCAGGAGUGAAGUUUGAUCCAACAGAUCAAGAAUUAAUAGAACAUCUUGAAGCAAAAGUAGUGUCUAAAAAAGAAUCAAAAUCUCACCCUUUGAUUGAUGAGUUCAUCCCUACUAUUGAAGGUGAAGAUGGGAUUUGCUACACUCAUCCUGAGAAGCUUCCAGGCGUUACAAGGGAUGGACUGAGUAGACAUUUUUUCCACAGACCAUCAAAAGCUUACACAACUGGGACAAGAAAAAGAAGAAAAAUCCAAACAGAAUGUGACUUACAAGGCGGAGAAACACGGUGGCAUAAGACAGGCAAAACUCGGCCGGUGAUGGUAAACGGCAAGCAAAAAGGAUGCAAGAAAAUUCUAGUACUGUACACAAACUUUGGGAAGAAUAGAAAACCAGAAAAAACAAAUUGGGUAAUGCAUCAAUAUCAUUUAGGACAGAAUGAAGAAGAAAGAGAAGGUGAACUUGUGGUGUCAAAGAUAUUCUAUCAGACUCAGCCAAGGCAAUGUAAUACUAGUACUAGUUGGUCUAAUAAUCAUGAGAGGAGUAUUAGUACUGGGGAUCAUAGUGGCAGUGGGAGCUGUUAUUCUUCUAAGGAAAUGAAUAAUAUUAAUCCUAAUUCUCAUAGUCAUAGGGAUGAACUUUCUGCUGCUGUUGGUGCUGCCAUGUCCAGUAAUUACAAUACUGUGAACGUUCAACAAUUGAAAGCUGACCAUUUUAGCUUUCUCCCAUUUAGAAGAAAUUUUGAUGAGGCAGGGAUUAUGGAUGCAGAGACUUCAAUGGCAAGGAGAGAUGACCAGGCAGCAGGCACGUGCGAAGAGCCUGAGUCCCAGAGGCAACAUCCUUCGCAUCACGUGACCCAUGAACCUUCUCACCAACAUCAACACCAUCAUCAGAAUCAGAAUGCAACAACUACAGCAUUCAACAAUAUUAGCAGGCCAUCACCUCCAAUUUCAGCCAUUAUAGCCCCACCUCCUCCUCUACAUCACACUUCCGCUAUUCUUGACCACGAUUCCUUCCAUGUUCCCAGGAAUUAUAAUUUUCAGCAACAACAGCAACACCAUAAAGUACUAGGAGGAAGGUCUACGUCUGGAUUGGAAGAACUAAUAAUGGGGUGCACUUCAACUGAUAUCAAAGAGGAGUCAUCCCUCACAAAUCCUCAAGAAGCAGAUUGGUUGAAGUACUCUUCAUUCUGGCCUGAUCCUAAAAACACAGACCAUCAUGAGUAGGAGAAAUAUAUAUACCGAAAAAGAAAGCAAAAGAAUAAAAGAAGAGAAGAUGAAGUAGAAAAUUCUAAGGGGACAAAAAUCUUUAUCAUCACGGUUAAUACUAAUUCAAGCCUUGCUGAAGUUGUUUUUCAAAAAGUGGCCAAACGGGACAACUGUUGGGAUUUUAAUUUUUAACCUUUUCCUAUCGUUUUUCUUACUGAAUGACUGGCCAAAGGUAAGGACCAACUGAACUAACUGUUCGAGGAAAAGAAGAAGAGGAAGAAUAGAAAAGGAAAAGAAAGGAAGACACAAACAAAGAGAAAAAAAAAAGAAAGAAGACAAGAAAGGCUGCACUGAUUCUGACAAAAUACAAGAGGGGAACCAAAGACCCAAAGCAAAUCCAACUGCCAUCAAAAUCAUCAUCAUUAUGAUUACCAUAUUAUCUUUAUUUGCCCAUUUUAUUAAUAUUUCUUUAUUUUAUUCUUCUUUUUCCUUGUAUAUUUCUUUUUCAUUUAACAAAUAUUUGUGCAAAAGUGCAUACAGAGCUUUGUUUACUGUGUCUUUGAACAGUCACUUUUAGAGUAGAAUACUUGUUCAUGUUGGGACACAAAUAUAUUUCCCUUUAUAGAAAUGAGAUGUGACAUUGAUUUAUAAA